AUGCCUUAUAGAUCGAAUAAGCUUACGUACAUUAAAAAAGAAGUUGAUAGCUGGUUUCGCAAUGUUGUUUAUGACACAUGUCAAGUUUCUUUGAAAAAAUUUACUGAAGAAGACAUAGCAAAUUAUAAAUUGAGCUUAAUUAAAAAAGAGAAAAAGACACCCAAAGAAGUUGGUAAUAUAUUCAAAGACAAUAUAACAAUAAAACAAGAAUAUUAUACAAUAAAAGACAAUACAACUUCUAAAAGCGAUAAAAGGUCAAAAUAUGAGAAAAAGUCUAAAUAUGUUAAAACGCCUAAAGAUACAUUUAAAGAUUUUAAAACGCCUAAAAAUGUUAUAACAUCUAAAAAUUUUAAAACGCCUAAAGAUGUUAAAACAUCUAAAGGUUUUAAAACGCCUGAAGAUGUUAAAACGUCUAAAGAUGUUAAAUCGUCCAAAGUUGAUAAAACAUAUAAAGACAACACAUCUAUAGACGACGAGCCUGCUAAAAAAAAACAGAAAUUGGAUACAAAUGGAAUAGAUGUUUUGAAAUUAGUAUUAUCUAGAGAGGGCGAAACUCAUAAAUUUAAAUCAAAAUUUAAGUCUUCGUUAAGACCCAAGAAGGAAAUUGCGUCUACCAGUACAGCAGAGGAAGUACCCAUAGUAAUUGAUUGCGAAGAAUCUGUGUUAGAUUGUGUGUCUGCUAAUUCUUCAGCUACAAAUGUAAAACAAAGGGUCUGGGUCAAGGAUGUUAAGAAAAUGAUGGAUGUAGAUAAUUACAUGAGGUGGCAGGAAAUGAUCAAUUAUAAAAAUAAACCCAAUCAUCCAACAAAUGGCACUAAAAAGUUAGCAGUUGCUAAACUCCCAAUAAGUGGACCUAUAAGCGGAUCUACAAGUUUACCUAAAUUAACUGUACUUAAACACGCAGUAAAUGGCAAAAAAUAUGUAAAAGGGCAUUUAGUAAAAAUUGAAAAAUUAUACAUAAAAUAUUUCACUAAAUCCGCACAAGAUACUGUCGUGGUUAUUGCAAAUAUACUCAAUAUAAUAUCAAUGUCUAAUAAACAUCACAAGGCACGAAUGGAUGAAUCUUUUAAGAAAAGAUCUGAAGCCGAAAAACUUAAAGAAAGAUGCGAUGCCAACAGAUUACAUGGAAGGCAUAAACAAAUUUUAGAAACAAAGUUGAAAAACUUUGUUAUAGACGUUGUAUCAUCUUUUGAAACGUCGGAAUUUGAUUCUGCAUUUCAGAUGUUUUUUCUAAGUAUAUUAACUGUACUUCGAGUUUUGGAUCAGCCCAAAUUCAAAAAAGGUAGUAUCUUCAAAAAUUUGGUACUUUUACUAUGGAACAGUUUGAAGAACAGUGAAUAUAACCAUCCCCAAAUUUUUUCAUUGUUCCGGUCAAAGACAUUUCGACCUGACUGCAUUGAUUUAAUAAGUCUAAUUGAAGAUAGCCGGGAUAUUGACUCUGGAGUCACCGAUCGCAUGUCAUUAUUUUUUGUAUCAUCAGUAAACAGUCGGGAAUAUUUUCAAGCAGUUAUUGAUGCCGUCAUCGGUGAUUCGAAUGAAGAUCUGGGGUCAUUAAUCGAUAAUGCAGCUUUUCAAUGUUCCAUUAAUUCAAAGUUUAAAGAUCCUGUAGCUUCACCAACUGUACAAUCUUCAGAUAACAAAAUACCAGCAACAGAAACUAUCCCUAGCACUGUCAAUAAUGAUGAAAUAAUUCAACACUGGUUCCUAGCCAAAAAUCCAGAUGGAACUUACCAACAAAUACCUGUGAUAAAUGGUAAUAAGACCCAAACCAUUGGUAAUACUGCAAUAAAACCAAAAAUUUUAACGGGACAGCCGUUAAAUAACUUCUAUCAAUCAUUUUCUUCUUCACUACAAAAUAAAAAUUUGGAACCUUCUACUUCUAAAGUAAUACCAACAAACAAAUGUUUUGUUGUCGCGACAACUAUUUCACACAGUCCUUUGGUGCAAGUAACAGCAUCUUUGUCAAAAUCUGCAACAACAAUACCAGCAACAACAACAACAUUUGUGACGUUCAAACCAGCAGUUCCGAAUAAUAUUUCUAUGGUAAACGGUACUCUUCAAAGAGCUGAAGGUAGCACUAUUUUAGUUGGCAACAGACAAUAUCAAUUGGUUAAGGGUCCAACAGGUCAAAUGAGAGCAGUAAUCAAUAAAGCUAAAACAUUUAUUAAACCACAGCCAGUCGCUAUGGACAAAUGCUACGCAAGAAAUUGCACCAAGUCUGCAACAAUAAUGUGCAGUAGCUGUACAUCGGUGAAAUACUGUUCCCAUAACUGCCAACGCCUUGACUGGUAUGAUAGUCACAUAAACGUCUGUGAACAACUGGUAAAGCAAAAGCAGAGACCCUAA